GCCAAAGCCUUGGCCAAUCUCAACAGUUGCCGAGAUGAGGUCGUCUCAACUGCUGGUGCUUGUUUGCUGCAUUCCCUGGCUUUUGCUGUGUGAUAGUAACUCAAUGGGAAAGGACGCUUGGCUGCGUCCUGGGUGCCACAAAGUUGGAAAUACUCGAAAAAUUACUAUACCUGAUUGUGUCGAAUUCACCAUAACAACUAAUGCGUGUCGCGGAUUCUGUGAAUCCUUCUCGGUACCUUCAAUUCCAAUGAUGGGUUCAUCGCUUUCUGUUUUAUUCAAACCCCCCAAACCAGUGGUGAGCGUUGGCCAAUGCUGCAACAUGAUGAAAUCGGAGGAGAUACAACGACGUGUGCUAUGUAUUGAAGGAAUACGAAAUGUGACUUUUAAUAGUGCAUUGUCGUGUAGUUGUUAUCACUGCAAAAAGGAUUAGACGAGAGCAGAAUAAUAUACCUGAACCAUUUCUUAAUAAUCUUUUUAUUUACGUUUUUAAUUAUAACAUAAUAACAAAUAUAAAUAAGCAA